AUAGCCCUUAUUAUUACUCUAGUGCUACCGCCUCAUUUACUCUGAUUUUGGUUUUGUCUUUCAACAUAUUUUCUCUCCUCAUUUAAUAAAUUUACAUCAUUUCACCAUGUUUCAAAGAUUGGGUACGAUUCGGGUCAAAUACAAACCAAUCACCAUGAUGUUGCUUGCUUAAAGAUCUCAUCUUUUCAUAGUUUUAGCACUAAAGAUCUUUAAAACCACCCAAAUAUUUCUUGCAUCUUCUUGGACUUGUUGAAACUCUAAAUUAAAAUAUAGAUUGAAGAGACAGAUAUAGAGACAUUCUCUUUGCUCCCUUUUGUUUAUUUAGAGCUUGUUUGAUGGUCUGUUCUGGAGGGUGAAGUAGAUGGCCUUGUAUGUUCUGUUGAUAUACCUUUUAUGUGUUUGAUCAUUUGUCUCUGAGAGCUGAAAAAUUAGUAAGUUAAGUUGGGUUUCGAAAGAUUGGAUUUUGAGAGUUGGGUUUUGAGAAAGAUUGGAUUUUGAAGAAGAUUGAAGUUGAGUUGAACAAGGAUGAUGAGUAUGUCCUGCAAGGAUGGUAAGGGAGUGAUGGAUAAUGGCAAGUAUGUCCGUUACACACCUGAGCAGGUUGAAGCUCUUGAGCGUCUCUAUCAUGAGUGCCCCAAGCCCAGUUCUAUAAGGCGUCAGCAACUCAUUAGGGAGUGCCCCAUUCUCUCAAACAUUGAGCCUAAACAGAUCAAAGUCUGGUUUCAGAACAGGAGAUGCAGGGAGAAACAGAGAAAAGAGGCAUCAAGACUUCAAGCUGUGAACAGGAAGCUUACUGCUAUGAACAAGCUCUUGAUGGAAGAGAACGAUAGGUUGCAGAAGCAGGUGUCUCAUUUGGUGUAUGACAAUGGCUACUUUCGCCAGCAUACUCAAACUAGUGGGCUUCCUACUAAAGAUACCAGUUGUGAAUCAGUGGUGACUAGUGGUCAACACCACAUGACUCCUCAGCAUCCCCCCAGGGAUGCUAGUCCUGCAGGGCUUUUGUCCAUUGCAGAAGAAACUUUAACAGAGUUUCUUUCAAAGGCUACUGGAACUGCUGUAGAGUGGGUCCAAAUGCCUGGAAUGAAGCCUGGUCCGGAUUCCAUUGGAAUCGUUGCUAUAUCUCAUGGUUGCCCUGGUGUGGCAGCACGUGCCUGUGGCCUGGUGGGUUUAGAGCCCACAAGGGUCGCAGAGAUCCUCAAGGAUCGGCCAUCAUGGUUCCGCGAUUGCAGAGCUGUUGAUGUCCUGAAUGUGCUACCCACAGCCAAUGGUGGAACCAUAGAAUUACUAUACAUGCAGCUGUAUGCGCCAACUACUUUGGCCCCGGCUCGUGACUUUUGGUUGUUGCGCUAUACUUCUGUUAUGGAGGAUGGCAGUCUGGUGGUCUGUGAGAGAUCACUGACGAAUACACAAAAUGGCCCAAGCAUGCCUCCUGUGCAAAAUUUUGUGCGAGCUGAAAUGCUUCCUAGUGGUUACUUGAUUAGACCUUGUGAUGGAGGUGGUUCGAUUAUUCACAUUGUUGAUCAUAUGAAUUUGGAGGCUUGGAGCGUGCCUGAGGUAUUGCGUCCUCUGUAUGAAUCCUCAACAGUGCUUGCUCAGAAGACGACAAUGACGGCUUUACGACAACUGAGACAGAUAGCACAGGAGGCUUCUCAGUCUUCUGCUGCGAAUUGGGGCCAAAGGCCUGUAGCCCUACGUGCUCUGAGCCAAAGGCUGAGCAGAGGUUUUAAUGAGGCUCUCAAUGGUUUUACUGAUGAGGGUUGGUCAUUAAUGGGAACUGAGGGCAUGGACGAUGUUACUAUCCUGGUCAACUCUUCACCUGAUAAGCUAAUGGGUUUGAAUUUGUCUUUCAAUAAUGGGUUUACACCGGUCAGCAAUGGAGUGUUGUGCGCAAAAGCAUCAAUGCUGUUACAGAAUGUGCCUCCUGCAAUACUCCUUAGGUUUCUCCGAGAGCACAGGUCGGAAUGGGCAGACACUAAUAUUGAUGCGUACUCUGCUGCAGCUGUCAAAGUUGGUCCUUGUAGUUUACCAGGAUCUCGAGUUGGGAAUUAUGGGGGUCAAGUAAUUCUGCCACUAGCUCACACUAUUGAGCACGAAGAGUUACUGGAGGUUAUUAAGUUGGAAGGUGCUGGUCACUGUCCUGAGGAGGCAAUAAUGGGCAGAGACAUGUUUCUCCUACAGCUGUGCAGUGGGAUGGAUGAAAAUGCUGUUGGAAUCUGUGCUGAACUUAUAUUUGCUCCAAUAGAUGCAUCUUUUGCUGAUGAUGCACCACUUUUGCCCUCUGGUUUUCGAAUCAUUCCUCUUGAUACUGGAAAGGAAGCUUCUAGUCCCAACCGCACCCUUGAUCUUGCUUCUGCUCUUGAGAUUGGUUCAGCUGGAAAUAAAGCUUGCAGCAACUACACUGCUACUGGUGGUAGUACAAGAUCUGUCAUGACUAUAGCAUUUGAAUUUGCAUUUGAAAGUCACAUGCAAGAAAAUGUAGCGUCGAUGGCUCGGCAAUAUGUUCGUAGCAUUAUAUCCUCGGUUCAGAGGGUUGCACUGGCUCUUUCUCCAUCCCGCCUUGAUGGAAAUGGUGGUGUUCGGCCACAACUCGGACCUCCAGAGGCACAGACAUUAGCUCGUUGGAUCUGCCAAAGUUACAGGUGUUACUUGGGUGUGGAGCUACUUAAAGCUGGCGGUGGUGUAGGAAGUGAAUCGAUUCUCAAGUCUCUAUGGCACCACCCAGAUGCAGUUAUGUGCUGCUCCUUAAAGGCUACGCCAGUUUUCACCUUUGCAAACCAGGCUGGUCUUGACAUGCUUGAGACAACUUUAGCUGCACUUCAGGAUAUCACUUUAGAAAAAAUAUUUGACGAUCAUGGAAAGAGAAAUCUCAGUUCUGAGUUCCCGCAGAUAAUGCAGCAGGGUUUUGCUUGCCUUCAAGGUGGAAUAUGCUUGUCAAGCAUGGGGAGACCUGUUUCUUACGAAAGAGCAGUAGCCUGGAAAGUGCUGAAUGAAGAUGAAAAUGCGCAAUGCAUCUGUUUUAUGUUUAUGAAUUGGUCGUUUGUUUGACCAGCUGGAUUUCUAAGUAGAUACUGUUGAAGCUCUAAACUCUUUCCUUUUGUUUGUUGCAAAUUGUGCUACCUAUGAAACCCUGAAGCACCAUCAGCCUAUGAUGACAAUUUGGAAACUUUGUUGCAUCUAAUAAUGCUGUACUCUGAUUUUCAUCGACA